AUGAACCAGGCCUCAUUCCCCAUCGGACUGGGGCUCACCGCCGCUGCCCAUGUCUACCUCUCCAACCUCUGCUGGCGCAAGACAGCAAAGUGCCAACGUCGCUACCUGUCACACCACCUAGGCUACAAGACACAUAUACGCAGCUUCGCUCUUCACGAUCGGGAAACCCUCUCAUCUUUGAUUAAACUACUCGACGCCAACAUCAUAAACAUCGACCAACUCCUGGAGUACCCCGGCAGACCCCCGAAAUCCGAACUGCGCACCAUCUCUGUCGAGGAGUUGAAGCAUUGGAUGGAGUCGUACUCGUUGUUCAAGAGUGAGAGAGGCAACAUGAUCAAGAGUGUUGCCAAGGAGAUGAUAUAUACAGACGACCGAUACGUCGAUCUGCGAACUAACCAAGUCUGCACCUACCUUCUGAGCACCGUCAUUGCCCUUCGAUAUGUUCUUUCGACAGAACCAGCAGCACGCUUCAUGAUCAAGCACCUCCCCCGCCUCUACAGAUUCGGUUCCUGGAUCGCCCAGCUUCUUGGCAUCAACUCUUCUGCUGCACUUCCGCCCACCCAGAUCAACUCUUCUCGCGGUAACACUUGGGGCUCACUCUUCUUCCAACUCGCGCCAACUCUCUUCCUCUCUGGGAUCCACUUUAUCGCAGGUCUUCGGUGCCAAUGGGUCAUCCGACGCAUCCAGCAAGACAGAGAACGCCAGCUGCUAUUCGUUAAGCGGGUAUGUUUCGUAUCAAUGUUCCUGAGCCUUCGACACUCACGGCUGAAAUGGCUGCUCCAGAUGAGUGAGGCUUGUGAAGAGUUUCAAAAAAAACGCGAGGCCUCUGGAGACUACUCAGAGGUGGACCAGGCCGAAAUCGAUGCAGCUAGACGGCCUAGUCGCGGCCCCCAGCGUCCCAGCACCCACAACCAGCUGAGAGUCCUUGCAGAGGAUCCCAAGAGCCCUGUGUACGCUUUACUGAACGAUCCACACGACGGUUUCCUGUUCGAGUACAUAGCAUACAGCACCAGAAACAGCUCCAGCUAUCCUUCGCCGCUCCAGACACGAGAAUAUUCGUUUGGUCCCGAUCUCGAGCGAAUGGAUACGGCUCAAUACCUGGGUGACCCUCGCGAGAGGUUGCGCAUCAUGAAGCUGGAGUACAUGGCCAUGAAGACUGAAUUGGUGCUGUUCAAUGAGCUCUUUGUUAUCCCCAAGAAGAGCGACUAG